CUUCGACACAUGCUCCUUCGACUUCUAUUUCUUUACUGACCGACGCACUUGAACUUGGACUUCACCACUUCAACCAACCUCUCGUGCUUGCCUUUGCUUUUCACUGCCUUUCUGCUAUCGAAGCCCAACGGCAGCAAUCUGAUCAACCACCACACUCCAGCCGAGUUUGAACUUCGACUCGACAACACCACUACAUCCACCAACCAGCCUCUUGGUCAAGAUGGCGCGGUUUUCUCGAAACAAGAGCCGCCCCGCGCGGCCAGCAGUGUCAUCGUGGAUGACGGCCUUUUACUUCUGCGCCGUCCUCCUGGUACCAAUGCUCUUUGCGGGCCUCAUUCCCAGAGCGCAGGCGCAGGACACUAAGGACACCAGUGUGCAAGGACCAGUCAUCGGAAUCGACCUCGGAACAACCUACUCAUGUGUUGGUAUCAUGAAGGGCGGAAGCGUCGAAAUCCUCGUCAACGAUCAAGGAAACCGUAUAACGCCGUCAUGGGUGGCUUGGAACGACGACGAGCGUCUUGUGGGAGAUGCAGCCAAGAACCAAUACGCCUCCAAUCCCGAACGAACAGUCUUCGACAUCAAGCGUCUUAUCGGCCGCAAGUUCGACGAGCGGGAUGUUCAGAAAGAUAUCAAGCAUUUCCCUUACAAGGUCAUCAACAAGGACGGUCAACCACGUGUCAAGGUUGUUGUAAAGGGUGAGGAGAAGACAUUUACACCAGAAGAAGUCUCGGGUAUGAUUCUUGGAAAAAUGAAGGAAGUCGCCGAGUCCUAUCUUGGUGAGAAGGUUCACAACGCAGUUGUCACUGUUCCUGCCUACUUCAACGACGCUCAGCGCGCUGCCACGAAGGACGCCGGUACUAUCGCAGGCCUCAAUGUGCUGCGAGUUGUCAACGAACCUACUGCUGCAGCGCUCGCCUAUGGUCUCGACAAGAGUGACAAGGAACGCCAAAUCAUUGUCUACGAUCUUGGUGGUGGUACUUUUGAUGUCUCCAUCCUGACAGUUGACCAAGGCGUCUUCGAGGUUCAGGCAACCGCUGGUGACACUCAUCUCGGUGGUGAAGACUUUGAUCAGCGUGUAGUUGAUUACUUCACCAAGCUCUACAACAAGAAGCACGAUACCGACAUCACCAAGAACAAGAAGACGAUGGGUAAGCUGAAGCGCGAAGUUGAGAAGGCCAAGCGCUCGCUGUCCAGCCAAAUGAGCACCAAAAUCGAGAUCGAAGCCUUCCACGAAGGCAACGACUUUUCUGAGACUUUGACACGUGCAAAGUUCGAGGAGCUUAACAACGACCUUUUCAAGAAGACUCUCAAGCCUGUUGAGCAGGUACUCAAGGACGCAAAGCUCAAGAAGUCAGACAUUGACGAUAUCGUUCUGGUUGGCGGAAGCACGCGUAUCCCCAAGGUCCAGAGCAUGCUUGAGGAAUUCUUUGGCAAGAAGGCUAGCAAGGGUAUCAACCCUGACGAGGCUGUCGCUUACGGUGCCGCUGUCCAGGGUGGUGUUCUAUCUGGCGAGGAGGCUGCCGGAGACAUUGUUCUCAUGGAUGUCAACCCGCUCACUCUCGGAAUCGAAACGACUGGCGGCGUCAUGACGCACCUCAUCAAGCGCGGCACUACUAUUCCAACUAAGAAGAGCCAGAUCUUCUCUACUGCGGCCGAUAACCAGCCCACAGUUCUUAUCCAGGUCUUCGAAGGCGAGCGUUCUAUGACGAAAGACAACAACCUCCUCGGAAAAUUCGAGCUCUCUGGCAUUCCUCCUGCUCCUCGCGGCCAGCCCCAGAUCGAGGUUACUUUCGAGCUUGAUGCCAACGGGAUCUUGCGUGUAUCAGCCGGUGACAAAGGCAGCGGCAAGAUGGAAUCUAUCACGAUCACGAACGAUAAGGGUCGUCUUAGCGCGGAAGAAAUCGAGCGCAUGGUCGAAGAAGCCGAGAAAUACGCUGAUGAGGACAAGGCUACGCGCGCGCGCAUUGAAGCUCGCAACGGUCUCGAAAACUACGCGUACAGCUUGAAGAACCAGGUCAAUGACGAAGAAGGUCUUGGUGGCAAGAUCGAUGAUGAUGAUAAGGAAGCUCUUCUCGAGGCCGUGAAGGAAGCGACUGAUUGGCUGGAGGAGAACGCGCAGAGCGCUGAGGCAGAGGACUUCGAUGAGCAGAAGCAGAAGUUGUCUGACGUCGCGUAUCCAAUCACGUCGAAGCUGUACGCAAGCGGCGGCGCAGGCGGUAUGCCAGAUUAUGGUGACGAUGAGGAGCCAAGUGGGCACGACGAGCUAUAAGUGCAGUCUCGGACUUGUGUUGAUAUCAUAGCACGGCGGCGUUGUGGGAUGCCUGAGAAAGAUUCAUCAAGCAUUUUGGAAUGUGCUACAUAGACGUACGGAAUGAAUUUGGAAUGUUACUUACCAC